AACCGUUCUUCCCCCCACCCUUUUCUGCUUCAAAUGUGCCCAGGAUGGCUGGUGUUCCUACGAAGCAGGUCAUGAAUACGGCGGAAGAUAUAGCGGACCAGGUGCUUCGCAAAGGGAAGCAUGUGUUGCCGCACUUGGCCCGAUUCUGCUUGGUGAGCACAUUCCUGGAGGAUGGCUGCCGCAUGUGGUACCAGUGGGGUGACCAGAGGGAUUACAUGAACCACACCUGGGGCUGUGGAUGGUUCCUGGCAUCUCUGUUUGUCCUCAUCAACCUGAUUGGACAGCUGGGCGGGUCCGUGGCUGUGCUUGCACGGUUUCAGGUCACUGCGGCGUGCGGCCUUCUCUUCUUCAUCGUCGUUCUUCAGACAUUUGCGUACAGCAUUCUCUGGGACAUCAGUUUUCUCUUAAGGAGCUUCUCCCUCGUCGGAGCCCUCUUACUCCUGGUGGCCGAGAGCCGCGUGGAGGCCAAGAGCCUGUUCGCCGGGGUGCCCUCCCUCGGGGAGAACAAGCCCAGGAGUUACAUGCAGCUGACGGGGCGUAUCCUUCUCGUGUUCAUGUUUGCCACCAUGCUGCGGCUCGAGCUGUCCUUCCUGCAGGCCGUGCAGAACAUCGUUGCCACGGCGCUCAUGGUCUUCGUCACGGUCGGCUACAAGACCAAGCUCUCGGCUCUCGUGCUCGUCAUCUGGCUGACCGCCGUCAACUUCUAUGUGAACGCGUGGUGGACCAUCCCGUCGUUCAAGCCCAUGAGGGACUUCCUCAAGUACGACUUCUUCCAGACCAUGUCCGUCAUCGGCGGGCUCCUCAUGAUUGUGUCGCUGGGUCCGGGCGGAGUCUCCCUGGACGAGCACAAGAAGCAGUGGUAGCUGGGGCGGGAAGAAAGGCAUAAAAGUUACGCAGCAACAACAACAACAUAACCUGUGCCCGGGAUGCGAGAUGUCCCUUCCCGAAAACUUGGUAAAUUGUGGGGGGGUGGGGGGGGAAGGCAUCUGGCACGAUCUUGGGGUGGAGGGGGGAGGGUUGGAGGUGUGUGUUUUUUUUUUAAGUGCGCGCGACUGCACAUUUGUUCCUGCAUUUUAGAAGCCUCGCAGCGUCUGGAUCUCGCGAGGGAUGUUGUUGAUUUCGGUACUACUUCCGGCAUGCUUAGAUGGGGGGGGGGGGGGGGGGGCGAGAAGCUGUCAAACUUCAAAGUGUUGUUCCUAGAUGAUUUAUUGCUGCAUUGAUGAUCCAUUGGUGGGAUGAUUUAUUUAAUGUACGUAUCGAGUGUCCCCGCUUUUUUUUUUUUUUUUCCACUCCAUGGUUGCAUACCUGCAUUGCGUGACCUCGAAAGCUGCGCUUAUCCCUGUAAGCCUUACAGUGUCUGUUCCCAGAACGUUGAAGACUUUGGAGAAACAAUUUGAUGUAACGUGCUCGCAGGAACAGGUUGAGUUUGAGAUUACAAUCUUUCCAUCCUUUAUACCUUCACAUGCCAUCAGACUGCCUGCUGAAACACUUACCAUGGUGCCGAGCAUGCUCUAUAUACAGUGGUAUACAAUAUAUACAAUGGUCUUAUUGCGCAGUCAUAAUAUGAAAUACCUAGAACAUUGCAGAUACCUAGAGCAGUUGCAGCCCCAGACAACACCCUUCAGGUGUUGCUCCGUGCUUGCUAUGGGUCCUGCAUGCUCGAGCUGGUUUCUUGUACACUACGCCUCAGUAGUGCACCAUACUUAUGAACGGGAGAAUCUAAAUUCCUUGGCUGCUUUCAGUUGUUAGAUAUGACAUUGCAGUAUCAGCAACCAGCAGCUGUUCUUUUCGUUACGCACAUGCUAUGCUGGAAUCGAAACAAAUAAUUUUCAGUCUGGUUGUUUUGAUUGUUCCAAGCACAAGACUGUUCUCUGCACAGUUCUUUCCAUAUGAAAUUUUCAGACGGAAUAAUGCCAACGGUUGCCCAGUGAUGCACUUGCCAGCUGUUUGUUUGGGAACAAAUGCUUUGAAAGGAAAUUUUAGCCACAUCUUUUUCCGCAGACCCGAAUAUUAGUCAUCUUUCUGCCUAGUUCAUUCUUAUUUGCCCGUGACAGGAUGGUCGAACAAAAGUGAAGAUGCUGCCAAAGGUUAGGUGUGUUGUGCGAAGCAAUAUUAAAAUAUGUCAUCUCUA